AGGAAAGGCGCACGGACAUAAUUACGCUGGUGUUAAAGCGCAGGACCAUAUUUUGGGUUAGAUUUCCAGGUCUGUACGACACAUGAAAUGCACGUCAUUCAAUGUGCUGUUUAGCUGUUGGACAAAUAAUUUCAAUAUUCGCGAUGGGGGACGGAAGACAACGACGCAAACUGGAGUGUUGGUGGUUUGUUCUGUGCCUCUUUUUUCUAUUUUGCGUCGAACAGCAGGUUUCAGCUCAGAUAAGAUACUCUGUUCCAGAGGAGAUCAAAGAGGGAGCCGUUGUAGGAAAUAUUGCAAAGGAUUUGGGUCUUGAUGUCAUUACAUUGGUGGACAGGCGAUUUCGUAUCGUUUCUGGAUCUAAGGAUGCUCCUUUUCAGGUAAAUCUGAACAAUGGUAUGUUCUAUGUUCAAAACAGAAUCGACAGAGAAGAGCUUUGUGCCGACAAUAAUGUCUGCCAAGUGAAUCUGAAAAUUGCUCUCGAAAAUCCCCUCGAAAUUCAUUAUGUUGGCGUUGAGAUUACGGAUAUCAACGAUCAUGCACCUGUUUUCCCCGAGAAAGAACAGAAUUUAAAGAUAGCAGAAAAUACUUUAACUGGAGCUGAUUUUCAGUUGCUCGCAGCUCGCGACCCCGAUUCUGGAGCAAAUUCACUUCGUACAUACAAACUGAGUCAUAACGAACAUUUUGAAUUGGAAAUUAGAGAUGGCGGAGAAGACAACAAGAUCCCUAUUCUUAAACUGCAGAGAGCUCUUGAUAGGGAGCGGCAUAGUAAGCACCACUUAGUGUUAACCGCUCUCGAUGGUGGAAAUCCACAGAAAUCAGGCAUUAUGAACAUUGCCAUAAAUGUAAUUGAUAUUAAUGAUAACAGACCUGUGUUUAGUAAAGAUGUUUACUCGGUUACAAUUACUGAAAAUAUUCCUGUAGGGAGUCUCAUAUUACAAGUGAAUGCCACAGACGCAGAUCUGGGAAAGAAUGGUGAUAUAAUAUAUUCAUUUGCGAGCAACUUAAAGAAAAAGGUGUACGAUACAUUUGAAAUAGACAAGAAUACAGGUGAAAUUCGUGUUAUAGGUGAUGUUGAUCACGAAGACACAGAAGUAUACAGAGCUGACGUCACAGCGUCAGACAGCGCAGAGCCUCCCAUGACUACAACCUGUAGAGUAGUCAUAAAAGUUACAGACGUAAAUGAUAAUAAACCAGAAAUAGAGGUCACCUCUCUAUCCAAUCUAGUACCCGAGGAUUCUAAAUCAGGAACUGUUAUUUCACUGAUUAGUGUAUCAGAUAAAGACUCGGGUGCUAACGGAAAAAUAGUCUGCAGUCUUUCUGAGGGUACUCCGUUUGAGCUAAAACCUUCUUUUCAGGAAAAUAUUUAUUCGCUUGUGACGCAAAAGGCUUUAGAUCGGGAGUUGGUUGCUCAUUAUGACAUUUUAUUAACUGUUACUGAUCUAGGGCAGCCUCCUUUGUCCUCAGUAAAGACUUUAAGCAUUGAGGUUUCAGAUGUGAAUGAUCAUAAACCAGAAUUUCCGCAGAAUCCUCUCGAGCUUUUCAUAUUCGAAAAUAAUCCGCCCGGCGCGUCAGUUUUUUCCAUUAGCGCACUUGACAACGACAUGAACGAC